CAUACACAAUUCAAGAUACGCGCUUGGUCCAAAGAUGGUGCUCACGAGGUCUGCCGCUGCUGCUGCGAAGUCCACCCCAAAGGAGGACGAAACCGAGACUAUCAAACCCCAACCGGAGCCUGAGACCAAGCCGCAGAACUACCGCUACGUCACGGAGGAUGGCGUGAAGCACAUAUUGGCUUACCGCUACAGCGGCAGUGACGCGUCGCUCCUGUACAACAACGUGAUCUCUCCGCUGGCCCAAUGGCUCGUGGACCACGUGCUGUCGCCGCGACUAGCUCCCAACGCCAUCACGAUCGGGGCGCUAUCGCUCGUCAUCCUGUCGCACGUGAUUAUGCUCUGCUACUCGCCGAACAUGGUGGAGGAGGCGCCGCGAUGGGUCUACGCUAAUGCGGGCUUGUCGCUACUGUUCUACCAGAUUUUGGACGUGGCAGACGGCAAGCAAGCACGCAAGACAGGCAACUCGUCGCCACUGGGAUUGUUGUUCGAUCACGGAUGCGAUGCACUCAACGUGGUUGUCAGUGCAUGUACAUUUGCGUCGACAAUUAUGCUUGGACCAACGUAUUGGUCGCUGUUGAUUUUUCUCGCGCCGGCUAUGGUGUUUUUUAUGGCGACGUGGGAGGAAUACUACACUGGUACACUGGCGCUUCCAAUCAUUAACGGACCCAACGAAGGCUUGCUGAUCAUGUACUCGAUCUACAUCGUCACGGCUAUCGUUGGCCCGAAUGUGUGGACGCAGCCGAACAUCCUCUUCCCUCAACUGAACAACAACCACGUGUUCGUCCUGAUCACGAUCACUAGUGCUGUCGGACAAUGCCUUUUCAGUGCUGUGGUUGCCAUCCGCUCCAUGGAACGCAAGGCGAAGGAUGGCGCUGCGGCGUUGGUCGGCAUCACGCCUUUUAUCGCACUCAUUCUGCUGUCUGCACUUUGGGUGUUUUGGUCGCCUUCUGAUGUGUUUACGGACCACCCACGUCUCCUCAUCUGGACGGUGGGGCUCGUAUUCGCAAAGGUAAGCAUACAUCUUUGAACUGUGGUCUUUGGUUAAAGUAACAACCUUCUAACUGAAGCUACUGCGUUCUUUGUUGCAGAUGGUGAUGCACAUGAUGCUCUCGCACAUGUGCGAAGAACCGUAUUGGCUGUUACGCAAGACAUUCAUGAUCCAGCUUGUUGUUUCUUUCCUCCUGGUGGCUGGCAUUGUGCCUUGGGGCCAUGAGAGCUCUGUGGUGCAGCUCUUCUUCGUGAUCUCGCUGUCGGCUUAUGUGCACAUGAUCUACUUCCUCUCAACGGAGCUCGCCACAAUCCUCGGUAUUCGCAUCUUCAAAGUGAAGCAGGGAUAGAGAUCUCUUACUGGCUGUAGGCUACGCUACCUACACCAAGACCGUUUGGGUAACGCACUGUUUAACUGCAUUGGCAGGCACGAUAAACAAAUGAGUUAACGCUAUCAGAAGAAUAGAAUAGCUGAUGUCUCGUUAUAAAGGAGGAACGUAGAAUCUGGAUGAGUAUUAUAUGAGUGGGUGGCACCGCUCCAUCACACCACAGUCUCCGCUACCGGUAUUCAUGAAGAGAAAGCCGAGUACAACAGAAACGAAGGCCAACAACAGUGCAACAACGAAAAGCAGGAUGUUCCGCUGCGACUUGCGGCCCUUUUCACACCAAGAAACCAUAAAAUGUUAGUCAAAUUGCUGCACUGAGAAAGCCAAGCAAUACGUACCACAAGUCGGGGUUGGGUCAUGGGUGUCUGGAGCUGGUUGAUCCGCUUGUCCAGCAGCUGAUAGCGCUGCACCAUAUUCUUAACCGCCUCUUGAAGUUCCUGCUGGAGCUUCUUGAGUGAAUCAGCCAUCAGCUCAGUGCGUUCGUCGCGCAUUUUUUCACUAGCCACAACACUGAUAAUGUCAGCUUUAAUCUGCGAGAUCUCAAUAG